AAUAUACUAGUUGAAAAUGACGUAAAGAUGGACAAAGAUGGCCUCACUGAUCUCUAUAUUCAACAUGCCAUUCCGCUGCCUCAGCGUGACUUACCAAAAAGUAGAUGGGGGAAAAUGAUGGAAAAGAAGAGACAGCAAAAUGAGUUGAAAAGUGAGAAUAAAAGUGUUACAAUGGUGGAAGGUUUAAGGAAACGGCCAUUAAUUGUGUUUGAUGGCAAUUCAACAAGUACAAGCAUCAAGGUGAAGAAGACAGAGAACGGGGCUGCUGAUCGCCUAAAACCUCCUCCAGCUGGAAGCACCACCAACACUGUUAGGAGAUUGUCAGUUCCUUCCAAUGCCUCAACGUACAUUUCAGCCUCCAGUUUAUCAGAGGACUCUAAGCUGGGAAUGAGGAAUAAUGAGGCUAAGCAGAACAGUAUUUCAAAGACUAACAGCGGCGUGUUGGCUAGUCUGAAGGUGUACCCUUUGUCUCCAGUAGCAGGAACUACUGUUGUGAAGUUAAAGAGAGCUGUUCCAAAAGAAGAAUCUGAUUUGCCGAAUGACCUAAAGCCUACGGAAGCAAAGAAGAAAAUCCAGCAUGUUACAUGGCCGUGAAGUAGCUAAUGGUGCUUGAAACAUAAAUGUUACUUCCCUGUUUUCAAACAGAUAAGUCAUAUUUAAACAGUUUAGGUACAAUUCUUUUUAAACCUUACAGGGAUUCAGAUUGCUGUGAAGUUUUAACAAGUUGUAGAGCUGGAGUCAUUCUCACCAGUCACCUUAAGAUUGUCUACUCUUGUACACCAAGUAGUUCAUUACUUCUUUAAAAGGUGGUAAUAUUACAGUUUACUAAACCCCUCACUUUUAGUUUUCAGGAUUAUUAUAGUUCAUCUCCUGCAUGUCCCUGCAAUUCACACAUACAAAU